ACUAGUGACUUGCAUCUGCCAGACACUUAAAUACAGAAGCUGCAGAGGGCACCACAUUCGUGGACGGGGAGAUCACACCAUCUACAGACAGCAGAAGUUCUAAUGAGACAGCACUUUAGUGACUGAGACAUCAAUAUCAUGUUCUGUCCAGCUGCAGCCCUGCUAUUUCUGACCCUCUCUUCUACAUUUUUCCCUGGCCAUUCUUCUAACUGUGUCUCAUUUCUGGCCAAGUCUCGCUUCAUUUUCUCCUGCCAAGCCCAAGGUUUAUUCUCUAUCCCAUCUGUUCCUUUUAACACCCAAGUUCUCUUGCUCAACUUCAACCAUAUCCCAUCCAUUUCCCAGAAAUCUUUCCUUAAUCUCACUCAGCUGCAAGACCUGUCACUUGGUGCUCAGAAUAACAAUGGCUCCUUGGUUAUUGAAGAAGCUGCUUUCCAAACACUGACUACUCUCACAACACUUGACCUUGGAGGCAACCGCAACCUAAUCAUGCACCCUAAAGCUUUCAAAGGUCUCUCCCAACUAAAGAUACUUCUUCUGGACUCCAAUGGACUAGAUGAAUCUGUCCUAGAAUCUAAUUUGUUUGGUGAGUUGACCUCUCUGAGAAAGCUUGAUCUCUCUUUUAACAAUCUACGAAGACUGAGACCAGAUCCCAGCUUUCUAAAGUUACACUCACUUUCUACCAUCCUUUUGAAACUCAACAAAAUCAACCAGCUUUGUGGAAAAGACCUACAGAACUUGCAAGGAAGACGUUUAGAGCUCCUUGACCUCUCAUCAAAUCCUCUCCAAGUGUCGAACACAUCAUUGUGCACCAAUCCUUUCAUGAACAUUACUUUAGGGACCCUUGAUAUAUCUUCAACAGCAUGGAAUACAGAACAGACUGAAAACUUCUUUAAAAUUAUAUCUGGUACUCAAGUAGAGCAGGUUAAGAUGAGGCAUGGAUCCUUGUUGGGCAGUGGAUUUGGAUUUAAUAACCUGAAAAACCCAGAUGAAAAUACUUUUUCUGGCCUGAAUUUUAGUAAUGUACUUAUAUUUGACUUUUCCCAUAGCUUCACCUCAAAGCUGGAGCCAUACAUAUUUGCUGGGGUUUCUAAACUAUUGUCUCUUGACCUAUCUUUCAGCAAACUUCAUAUUAUCAGCCCUGGAGCAUUUUCAGGUCUAAGAGAACUAGUAAGUCUUAAUAUGUCUGGCAACCUCAUUGGAGACCUCACAAGGAGCACUUUGGAAAGCCUCUGGUCUUCUCCUCUUAAAGUUCUGGAUAUCAGUUCCAAUCAUAUUGGUGCCAUACAAUUUGGAGCAAUGGAUGGCCUUGUCUCCUUAGACUCACUAAACCUAAGGGACAAUGCUCUGAAUAAUAUACCAUCAGUUAAGCUCCCAGGUUUAACUAUUGUACUAUUAAAACAGAACCGCAUAUCAGACACUUAUGGUAUUACCACCUUCUGCCCUAACUGCAAACUUCUAGAUCUUUCAAGCAACCGAUUAACUGAUCUCAGGUCCCUGAGGGAGAUUCUGGAGUUAAGGUCUCUGAAAAUCCUCAUGCUAAGCAGUAACCAGCUUUCUCAAUGCUCACCUAAACCUGCUGUUAAACCGUUAAACAACACUUCCUUGCUUUUUUUGGAUCUAUCGGAUAAUGACUUAGGACAGGUGUGGACAUCUGGACAGUGUUCAGACAUCUUUAGAAAUUUGGGACUAUUGAAGACCCUCAAUCUGGCCAAAAACCACAUAUACUCUUUUCCUGAAGAUUUAUUCCAGGAGCUAGUAAGCCUCCAGGCUCUAGAUUUGUCAAGAAAUUACCUUAGACUACUCCCACAGGAACUGUUCACUGACUUAAAAGCUCUGAAGACUCUCAAUAUAAGGAACAACAACUUUGUUACUCUCUCACCUUCCAGUUUUAAGCCUCUGACAUCCUUGAAAAGCGUUGAUCUGUCCGAAGUCACGCUAAUAUGUAACUGUGGCCUCACUGACUUCUGGAACUGGAUAAGGACAACUAAUGUUACUGUGCAAGUCAGCUAUACUGGGAAGAUUUCAUGCCUUAGGCUUUCCCCACCUGUCCAGGAGAUACCAUUGGAAGCCUAUUUCAAGGACUGUUAGAUAUGUUUUUGUCAUCAUUUUGCCAUUGAUACAGAGAUAGGAGAUGUACAGUUUCAAAUCUGUAAACUAUGUAUUAGAUGCACUGUAGCAAUCUCUCCAAAGUCAAUUGCAGUAAUGUUGUGUAUAAUGGACUUCAUAUAUAACAAAUACAGGGAAGUCUGAAUUCAAUUGAUAAAAUAUUGGUAAAACUGGUUAAAAAAAAAAACCAAAACUUUAAGUGAGAUUAUAUAUUGGCUGCCUGAUGUCCCAAAAAAACACUCCUUGUUCCAAAGAUGUUUGUUUCAAAGGCAAAGAAACUAAAUUACAACUUUAACCUAUUAAUUUGAAGCCUUACCAUAAUAUAUAGCCCUAACAUUAUCACAGAUUUUACAUCUGAACCUACCCCACGUAAGUGCUAGACUAAAAAUUAACCCAAGCUCACAUUGUAACCACAUUUUUAUUUGUACAUCAAUUUAAAUUUCUAAUACUAUCCUAACAGAGCCCUGAUUUUACAACCCAAAUCAUUUUAAUUUAUCUUUGAACAGCAUACUUUAUGGUUACAUUGCAAGUUAUUGCUUGUGUAUAAAGAAAAAAGAAAGAAAGGGGUCAUGGUAUUUUUUAUAACUCAUCAGUGCUCACAUUUCUUCUAGAAUGAUGACAUCAGAAGUCUGCAGUAAUAUUUGAUAACAUCAGAUGACUAUAGAAUUCCUUGUUAAUAAAGAUGUUAUUUACAUUUUAUAAACAGAUUAACAACAUGUUGUUUCAAGCAGAAUGAUGAAAAGAAAGACCAAAAAUGAAAAAUGAAAACGAAUACCAAAAAUGAUAGCCACAAUAGUUUUCAGGAAGUACUUUGAGUGAAAUUAAUACUAAAUUAAGAAAUAUUUUUUGUGUCUUCGAGUUACUAUUCAUUUAAAGUGUUCUAUAGGAAAAAGUUAAAUAAAAGA